CCAUAUAUACUCCCCUCUUUCUUUUAUAACAAAACCAAGCAAACAUGAUAUCUCCUAACUCAAUCCUUCUCAUACUAAACCUAGCAAUUCUUGCACUAUCUCUGCCUGCAUCCUCCCAAACCAUCCCAGACAAAUUCUACCAAUGCAUCACUCUCAAUUCCGAGCUCUCCAUCCCAUUCUCUGCCGCCUUCUUCGCCCCCGGCAACGCCUCGUUCGCCCCUCUCCUACAAUCCUCCGCGCAGAAUUUCCGAUGCCUGGUCUCCACCGUGCCCAAACCUACGCUCAUCUUCACCCCCUACACCGAGAACCACGUCCAAGUCGCUGUCACUUGCGCCAAGGACCUCGGCAUCCUUCUCCGGGUCCGUAGCGGGGGCCACGACUACGAGUGCCUCUCCUACAUCUCCACCACGGCGGACGAGCCCUUCAUCGUCCUCGACCUGUCAAAGCUCCGCUCCAUCACUGUCGACCUUACGAGCAACAGCACAUGGGCCCAGGCCGGCGCCACUAUGGGGGAACUCUACUACAGGAUCUCCCAGAGGAGCAAGACCCACGGCUACGCGGCCGGCCUGUGCACUAGCCUCGGCAUAGGCGGCCACAUCACCGGCGGCGCCUACGGCACCAUGAUGCGGAAAUACGGCCUCGGAGCCGACAACGUGAUCGACGCAAGAAUAGUCGACGCCAGCGGUAGAAUCCUCGACCGGGCGUCUAUGGGCGAGGACCUCUUCUGGGCCAUCCGAGGUGGCGGAGGCGCCAGCUACGGCAUCAUCCUCGCCUGGAAGGUCAAGCUCGUCCUGGUCCCGGAAACUGUCACGGUCUUCUCUAUUCCCAAGACCCUCGAGCAAGGCGCCACGAAGAUUCUCUACAAAUGGCAACAAAUCGCAGACAAAGUCGACGAAGAUCUCUUCAUGAGAGUCAUCAUACGGAAGGUGCAGAGUGCCGGGAAAGACGAUCGCACGGUCCAAACUCUCUACAACGCCGUCUUCCUCGGAAGAUCCGACAGAUUGCUCCAGGUGAUGCAACAGAGCUUCCCGGAAUUGGGACUAACCGAGAAAGACUGCACGGAAAUGAGCUGGAUUCAAUCCGUGCUCUACAUUGGAGGCUUUCCGAGAAACGCGCAACCCGAGAUUCUCCUACAGGGGAUAUCUCUCUCCAAAAGCUACUUCAAAGCCAAGUCAGACUUCAUCAGAACUCCCAUACCUGAAGAUGGGCUGCUAGGGCUGUGGAAGAAGAUGCUUGAAGAAGAUAUCCCAUUUAUAAUCUUCAACCCUUACGGAGGGAUGAUGGCCAAUAUUCCGGAAUCCGAGAUUCCAUUCCCGCACAGGAAGGGCGUGAUAUUCAUGAUCCAGUACAUGAGCAUCUGGACAGACGAUAAGCCAGAGACGGCAGCGAAGCAUGUGGAUUGGAUCAGGAGGCUGUACAACUACAUGGCCUCGUACGCCUCCACGUUCCCCAGAGAGGCGUACGUCAACUACAGAGAUCUUGAUCUGGGAAUGAACAAGAACAGAUCGAGUUUCAUACAGGCGAACUCAUGGGGCACGAGGUAUUUCAAGGACAAUUUCAACAGACUUGUGAAGGUGAAGACUAAAGUUGAUCCUGGUAAUUUCUUCAGACAUGAGCAGAGCAUUCCAACUCUGCCAUUGAUGAACCAUGGUGGAGAGAACAGCAUGAUGCACUAACAAAUCUCUAUGCUUAGUAAUGUAAAAGUUUGACAAGAUAUGCUAUGUUUAUUAGUAUAAGUGAUGUGUUUCAGA